CACUCGAACUUGUUUCGAUAGUUCAACAAGUCCUUUGCUCUUUAAGAUGCCCCAUGAAUGUGUUCCUGCUUUGCAUAGGAUUUUUGGCAAGAAGCCAGACAUACGCGAGCCAGGGCUCCCACUCAUCGCAACACACAGUCCAUAUGCUUCCUUGCCAAAAUCCGUUCUACAUUCUGAUUGCAAGAUUGUUUAUAUUUGUAGAGACCCAAAGGAUGCAUUCAUCUCCUUGUUUCACUUUAGAGCCAAGCUGAGACCUCAGGAAAUUGAACCAAUUUCUUUGGAGGCGGCUUUUGAUCUAUAUUGUGAAGGGAAGUCUGACUUUGGACCCUUUUGGGACCAUAUUUUGGGGUAUUGGAGGGCUAGUUUGGAAAGGCCAGGGAAGAUAUUGUUUCUAAAAUACGAAGACAUGAUGAAGGAUACAACAUUCUAUGUCAAGAAAUUGUCAGAGUUCAUGGGAUACCCUUUUUCCUUAGAGGAAGAAAAAGAAGGUGUGGUGCAAAAAAUUGUAGAGCUUUGCAGUUUUGAGUUUAUGAGCAAUUUAGAGGUAAACAAGAAUGGAAUGUUAUUUGGAAUUCGAAACCAUCAGGUUCGAAACAAAGACUUUUUCCGGAGGGGGAAGGUUGGGGAUUGGAGGGAUCAUUUGACACCUGAGAUGGCAGAACGCCUUGACAAGAUAAUUGAGCAAAAACUAACUGCUUCUGGUUUUGGAAGAGACUGGUUGAAUGUGAAACCAGUUCUGGAAGAGCAGCAAGUUUGAAUUAGGAUGAUAUCUGAAGCUUUCUGUGCUUUUCUAUAAUUUGUAUUUUUUUUUUUUUUUAACAUUUGAUUAUGGAAGAAACAACAUUUAUCAAUCCACAAAUAAUUUCUCACAUUUCAUAAAUUUCUUCCCCUCUGUCUCAAAAUUACAUUUUUCUAUCCUCUUCAUUGCACAGCUAUCCAAUCAAUCUUAUCAAUUAGGCCGUUUCUACUGCUUUGUCUUCACUUCUCUGCUCCUCCUUGGAUCCUUCAUUUUUGGCCAAAAAAUGUCUGGCAACGGCAUUGAAAUAAAUCAAAUUCAGAACU